CUGACGAGCUACUGACUAAGGAAGUGGCCUUUUACUGAUUUUUUUUUUAGUUAUGAUGAUUGUAUGGCGUUAGACAGGUUAAUUGUCUCUUUUUUAUCGUUUUGAUCGCGCAUGUUUAAUUGCAUCGUUCCGUUGAUCUCUGUUGAACUGUAUCAUUAUCCGCUCGGUCGCGAUGACAGUCACUGUGAUCAUCUGUAACUAAUGAAUGAACCGACAACAUCUGACCUAUUAUACCAGAAACUGGCAUAUUUAACUGUAGCCACUGUUAGUGUAAGUAAGUUACUUGAACCAAGAUCCCGGAAAAAUCGAAGGUAAAUUGUUUAAUUUGACGCUAUUUAGCAGCUCCCGACAAAACGAUUUGAAUAACGUUGCAUGUGCAGGACAAGCGAUAAAGUAAUAUAUUUAAAAAAAAACAAUAUAACCGCUCUUCAUCGUAAUGGAUUACAUACAAAUGGCCAGAUCAGUGGAAGACCGUCUGUUGAGCUACAGAAAAGACGAGUCCGGAUGGAAAACGUGCAAGAAAAAUAAUGAUGUUGUGGUGUGUUGGAGACCCUCUUGUGAAUUCGCGGGAUAUGUGUAUAAGGGUGAGGGGAUUGUCAAUGGCAGUCCAGAGAAGGUGUGGGACUGCUUGAAACCUGAAAUAAAUGGGCUACGUGUAAAAUGGGAUGCUAAUAUAAAAAAGUUUGAGCUGCUUGAGCAGGUGUCUUCGGAUGUUUCGAUCUGUCGAACAGUCACACCUUCGGCUGCUAUGGGUAUUAUAUCACCUCGAGAUUUUGUUGAUGUCAUUUCCGUUAAACGCUAUGAGGAUGGCACGGUUUCAUCAAAUGCUACCAAUGUAAGCCAUCCAAACUGUCCUCCUCAACCUGGCUACGUCAGAGGCUUCAACCAUCCGUGUGGCUGCUUUUGUGUUCCUGUUCCUGGGGAACCAGGCAAAACGCAGCUGUUCAGCUUUUUCCAGACUGAUCUUGGAGGUCUGCUUCCUCGUUCGGUUGUCGAUUCCUUUUUCCCCAGUAGUAUGGUGGAGUUUUACAGCAACCUGACCAAAGCCGUAAAAACGCUGAAAUAGCACCAAUGGCACUUUAUAGAUAAUAACCCCCUUUAAACUUAAAUGUGACCCUGGAGCACAAAACCAGUUUCUGUCGCUGGGAUAUAUACUUUUAGCAAUAGCCAAAAAUACAUUGUAUGGGUCAAAAUUAUAGAUUUUUCUUUUAUGCAAAAAAUCAUUAGGAUAUUAAGUAAAGAUCAUGUUCUAUGAAGAUAUUUAGUAA